GUGGCCGCCACUGUCGCCUCGAUCCCCGUCGCAGCCACAUUGUCAGCCAUGCUCUCAGGCGCGGUGCCGCUGCUGGUGCUGGUAUUCGGGUCCGCGGUCAGCGCCGAUCCGGGCGAGCCGCUGUUCCUGACCCCGCUGAUCGAGGCCGGGGAGCUGCAGCAGGCCCGCGAACAGAGCAGGGUGCUCGGCCUUCCCGGAGCCGGCGCCAACGUCACCAGUCACUCGGGCUUCAUCACCGUCGACAAGGAGCGCAACUCGAACCUCUUCUUCUGGUUCUUCGAGUGUCAGCAGGCGUCUCCGCGCGAGGCUCCCAUCCUCCUCUGGCUACAGGGUGGCCCGGGCGCUUCUAGCCUCUACGGACUGUUCAUUGAGAACGGCCCGUUCGAUGCCGACGCUGACCUGAAUCUGGUGCCUCGGAACCUCAGCUGGACCAACACGCACAACGUGCUGUACAUCGACAACCCGACCGGCACCGGCUUCAGCUUCACUGACGACGAAGCAGGCUACGCCAGGAACCAGGAAGAUGUGGCCCGCGACCUUUACUCGGCGCUGACGCAGUUCUUCACCGCUUUUGAGAUGUUCCAGGGUAACGACUUUUACGUGACCGGAGAAUCGUACGGCGGGAAAUACGUGCCGGCCAUCACGCACAAGAUACACAUGGAGAAUCCCACAGCUGAGCUGAAGAUAAACCUUAAAGGUAUGGCGGUCGGAGAUGGGUUUGUUGAUCCCAGUAACCAGGUUGACUACGGCGAGUUUCUGUACAACGUUGGACUGAUCGACGCCGAACAAAGAGAACAGUUCCACGCGUCGGCCAUGGACGCCGUCGACCUAAUCAACCAAGGUGAUCUGGAGUCAGCCUUCCGUCUGUGGGACUCGGCCCUCCUCGGCACCAAGUACCCGUACCCGACCUAUUUCGAGAACUGCACGGGCUUCACCAACCACUUUAACUACCUGCAGCCGGUCGACCCGCACGACGUAGACGCCAGUCCGUACAACGACUUCCUGCGCCUGCCGUCCACGCGCGCCUCCAUCCACGUGGGCGAGCUGCCGUACAACGAGGCCGGCGACAUCGUCUCCGACUACCUGGUCGGUGACAUGAUGAACACUACCAAGCCGCUGGUGGCCACCAUCCUGGACGCCGGCUAUCGAGUGCUCAUCUACAGCGGCCAGCUGGACGUGGUCGUCGCUUACCCGCUGACCGAGCAGUGGCUGGCCUCGAUGGAGUGGCACGGCGCCGAGCGGUACCGGGACGCCGAGCGUGUCAUCUGGCGCGAGCAGGGCGAGAUCGCCGGCUACGUGCGCCAGGUGGACAACCUGAUCGAGGCGUUCGUUCGCAACAGUGGCCAUAUGGUGCCCACCGACCAGCCGGAGGUCGGCUACGCGCUCAUCACCAAGUUUACUGGCACCAACUGAGAGCUCUAUGUCAGGCCAUUAAUCCAAAGGUUAUGUUUAUUCAAGGGAUAUACAGCCGCUCAUAUGUCAACAAUCAACAAUUAGGCCACCAACAGUAGGUCAACAGUUAGGAUUAUGUCAACAAGCCGCUCACAUGUUUUACGAACCACGCAAAAAUAACCAAAUAUGUAAAACAUUGGUUACGUUGUCUAAUGUUUUUUUCCCACGUGACAGUGAAACUCGUGCUCGACUUUAAGGCAUAAAAGUAGGUUGCCGCAGCGAUUUUCUGUCGGUUAAACUGCAUGGUCUCUGCUCAAUACAACAUUUGAGUUUUAA